AUGCCGAAGAUCACCGAGCUCUUCUUCGACUGCGACAACACUCUUGUCCUGUCGGAGGAGCUAGCCUUCGAAGCCUGCGCCGACUUGGCCAAUGAAAUUCUGGAGAAGCAGGGCAUUCCUGAUCGCUACACCGGUGGCCAGCUCAUCAAAGACUUCGUCGGCCAAAACUUCCGAGGCAUGAUGAUCUCGCUGCAAUCCAAGUACAAAUUCGAAUUAGAUCAGGAUGAGCUUGAGAGAUACGUCACCAAGGAGGAGGACAAGGUCAUCGAGAAGCUGGAAGCUAAGGCUCAACCUUGCGUCGGUGCUUCCGAGGUUCUGCAGAGACUCUACGAUUCUAAGAAGUACGGCAUGGCGGUCGUCUCAUCCUCGGCUCUGCGUCGCGUACGCGCCUCUAUCAAGAAGGUCGGCCAGGACAAGUACUUUGCUGAAGACAUGGUGUUCAGCGCUGCUACCUCGCUGCCCAAGCCCACCUCCAAGCCUGACCCGGCUAUCUACCUUCAUGCUCUUGAAUACGUCAAGAAAACAGCCGCCGAGACUAUCACCAUAGAGGACAGCAAGUCCGGCGCACUCUCUGCCAUUCGUGCCGGAAUUCCCGUCAUUGCCUACGUUGGUAGCUACAGUAGCGACAUGCAGGAGGAGAUGGGCAAAUGCCUGAUGGAACUCGGUGCCAAGAUCGUCAUGACCGACUGGUCUCAGUUCGACAAGUGCCUAGAGUUCAUUGAGAGUGGAGUUGAUAGCGAGGCUCCUCAGUCGAGCCUGUAA